CACUACUCUGCCCCUGUCCCAUGCACGCAUACAGCUCCCAGUUUAGACACACUCUGGACUGGACCCUGCACCCCCACCUCCUGCACACCUCUUCUCUGCACUCUUCUCCUCCUCUCAUCUGCCUAUGGACUAUUCAUUUUGCCACAUCCUAAUCACUGAGCUGGAGGAGAUGCUGCUGGUGCAUCGACUGUUUGGACUCCCUAUCUCCAUCUGGGACCUAUGAAGAAGACUCUACAACUUCUGCAACUUUGCUCAGCUUGUUCUUGGAUUUGUUUAGGCUUUAACCACCACACAAAAUGAGGACCAGGUCGUGUUUUGCACAGCUGUUGCUUUUAGGAGCACUUCUAACUUUGGUGCACAGUAAAGGGACUUAUUAUGGAGGACAUGUCAACCCUUACUAUGGAAGCAGAUACAACCUGUACAAGGCUGGACUGACCCCCCAGCACCUGCCAAACAAACCAAUGUCAAGACACAAAAACCACUGUGCCUAUGUGGUCCAGAAAAACAUCACAUGUAUCAUGCAGGAUGGAGCCAUCCCUUUUGUGAAGGCCGAGUACACCACCAAGUGCAUCUGGGGCCAGAAGUGUCCCGUGGUUAUGUACAGGACCAUAUAUAAGCCAAAGUACAAAGUGGGUUAUAAAACAGUGACAGAGCUGGAGUGGAGGUGCUGUCCUGGAUACUCUGGGGAGACCUGUGUGGAAGGUCCCACGUCUGAGCCCGGUGUGGCCGUGCCCCCGUUCAAAGGUGCAGCUCUGCCCCAUCGCCCCAGAGUGAAAGGCUUCCCUCACGGCCCCCGCCGCCCAGAGGACCACAAACCCGGAGAGGGCCAGAUCGAACCAGGCAGACCGCUUCCAAAUGUGCCCGAUUCAAUGCCCAUACCAUCAGGACAACUGCCGGCGGGCACUGGAAAACCAUUUGGGAAUACGUUUGGGGGAUCUGGGGUGACAGGUGAGCGCUUGGACCGGAUGGAGGCAGAUCUGCGACGUCUCUCCCACAGUUUGGACACCCUGAACGGUAUGGUGGCCGGACUAGAGGACCGUUUGAGGACUACACUCAGAGAAGACACCAACAAGAUCAUGGUGUCUCUGCUUCCAAAUGUACCCCGGACCCCAGACUCUGGCGUGGGCUUUGGAGUGAUCCCAGAUGGCAGUCCGGAUGGUUUGGAAGGCCAGGAGAGCUUUAAUGGAUUUGGAGACCUGGUAGGAAGAGUAACAGAAGUGAGGGAUGAGCUGAGGGCCAAAACACACAUCAUAGAGGAGAUCCAGGGCAUGGUCCUUGGUCACGAUGGUCAACUGAAGAAGUUAUUAGAAGGCCCCAGAGGACGGCCCAUCGCAGGCUCUAACCUGAAUGUGGAGGAGAUCCUGAAUCAGAAGCUGGCCGGGGUGCGCUCUGAGAUCUUGGAUGGUUUUGAGCGGCGUCUGACUAGUCUGGAGUCCCACUGUGACAAGAGGAUCAGCGCCGUACAGCAGCAGUGUCACCAGGAUCACAUGAACGGACAGGAGCAGAUGCAACAGUCUCUGGACGGACGAGAGACUGGUCUGAGGAAGGAGCUGGGGACACUGCAGGCACAGAUCCAAGGACUGACACUCACAGAGAGCUGCUGCGGACAGGUGAACAGCCUCUCCCAGCGCAUGCUCUUGCUGGAGGACUCUGUGAAGGACCUGACGGAGUCUCAGAGGCAGAUGCAGAGGGCACUGCUGGAUCACAGCAUCGAGGUGGAGACCCUGAUAGAGACCCGCUUCCUGGACAUCGAGAACCGCUUCAACACCACCACAGAGGGCACCACCAUCACCGCCGUGUCCGGGCUCCCCUCUCAGCUGGAUGGCUUUAAGACCAUGCUGGAGGACAAGCUGAAGACUCUGGAGGAGAGGGUGUUUGUGGCUGUGGGAGAACUCAGUAAUGCCACCUCCCCUGCUUUGCUGGAGGGUCAGGUGAUUCCCGCUCUGGAGAUCGAAUCUGUCAAAAGGCGAUUUGAAGGUGAAAUUGGUGGAAUCCAAAAACAGCUCAUAGACUUGGAGCUCCUGUGCACCUCAUCUUGCGUUCCCUCUACCUCACCAGCAGGGGGCAUUGACGGCAAGGGGGUAGAAGACUGUGAGGAUGUGGAGAAAAAGAUGAAUGGUAGAUUAGACAACCAAUCCAGCCAACUGGAUCAGCUAAACAAUACAUUACAGAAUUUGCUUUUCAAGAUUGCCCAAGAAGAACUAGAAGGAUCAGUCAGUGGUGAGAUUACAUUACUUAAAGUCAACAUUCAUUCAGUAAACAAGACUCUGAGGGGGCUAAAAGACUCCCUAAGGUUUAUUGCAAGUGAGGUUGGACACGCUAACGCUACCUGGGAACAGAGAGAGAACCAGCUCGUCAAUCAGGUGCAAGGAAUAUCAAAAGUAGUGGGUUACCAAGCGUCUCUCCUAGGUGCUGGAGAGAGGAGACUAGCACAUCUGAAGGGAGAACUAGUGGCACUUAAACGACGCCUAUCGGGUGAGCUUCAAGGCUGCAGGAGCACAGCGUUGGAGGUGAAGAAGGAGGUGAAGGAUGUGGACAGUCGGGUUAGCCAGGUGGAGGGUCAGUGUAGCGGUUUGGGAGAGCUAGCAGAACACUUGGAGCAGAUUCGUGAAGAGCUGGAGAGACAUUCAGAUACAUAUCUUGCCAAAGUGAAUGGGACCCUCACUGUGCAUUCAGAGCAACUGGCUGAACUCAAAGACGAGGUCAAAGAGUGUAUUGCUAAGGAAGCUGCGAAAGGCCAAAAAGGUGACCAGUAGCAUCAUCAUCAAUGCUACAGAAAAAGACUUAAAGUGACUUCCUGUAUUGUCAUUUCAAUCAAAACCAGCACAGAUGCAGAUUAACUGAAGUAUUGACAGAUACGCAUAUGCUUCCUGCCCCAGUCCUCGAGUGCCUCCAGAUGUGUGGGGAAUUCUGACUAGCCAAGUGGAAAGAUCCGGAACACAGAGACACGCCUAUAUUGUGCAUAGUAAUGUUUUUAUAUGGGGCAUUUUCUGCUUGUACAAAUGUUAUGUUUUCAUACAAUUUCAUUUUUUUAACUUAUAUGAAGUGACUGCAUUGUGUUAUCAUGAUUAAGUGACAAAUGUAAAAGAAAUGUGUAAUGUUGAUGCGCAAAAAAACUAAUACGCUGCUACGGGUCUCUACUGACAAGCACACCAGAUCUGUGUGGACACUUUAAUAAUACUGUACUGUCAACUAUGGUGCUAUAUAUGUACAUUGUGUAUGAAUUAUAAUUGUGUUCCUGCUUUAAAAAUGCCUUCCAGGAUAUGUUGGUAUGUACAAGGAAUAAAUUCUCAGACUAUUGUGGUGUUUUUCAAAAAAACAAGUUGAAGUCGUUGUAUUUUUCAAUAGAAAUUCAAUAAAGAUAUGACUUUAUAUGUGAUAUGACUUCAGUCUUAAAAUGAUACAGUAUGUUUAAAAUUAUAGUUAUUAAAGGUGCACUAUGUAGCUUUUCUGGUGGUGAUGUUGUAGUCUGAUUCAUCAGCCUGUUUCACUUCAUAGAAACCGUCUGAACUCGCAGAAUUAGAAUUCAUUCAUUGGACGGUAGGCGAGUACUUUAUUUCAUUUAACCAAUCACUGGCGUAUGUAAUGCGCUGCUAACAGAGCUAACUGGUAUAUUAAGCUUUUCCCAAAUCUCGUAGGAAGAAGGGUAAUAAAUUGUUUCCCCUUGACAAAAUUCACCAAACAUUCUAUUUGUUCCAGCUUUAAAUCCUCAAUCUCAGGGAAUCGUUGCCAACACAGAAUGUAUGGCUCUUUGCUGACUGACUGGUGCCCAAACUCACACUUCCAGGGUUUUUGCAAACCAUCUAGUGUAUCCUGAUUCCUGACCUAGUUGCUGGAGAGAAAUAAAAUUGAGCGGAGGUGAGGUUGACAUCUGCAUGGAGAUGUUAUUGUUAACGCACAUGAUCAUUAAAUUACAGUUGUAAAAAAAAAAAAAAAAAAAGUUUGUAUGCAACCUGUCACCUGGUUCGAUGCCUUCACCUGCUUCUCUAAGGAGAUAAGUUUAAUGCCAUCCUGUGGAACAUUCUAGCAUAACAUGUCAACGGAGAUAAACAGGUGGUAGACCCUCAUCUAGAAAAAAUACAUAGUGCACCUUUAAGGCAAAGACAUCUUAUCAACAUUUCAACAGUUACAAGUGCCUGGUAAACACUGUGAUUUAUAUGCCCAGAUUACA